GCCCGCGGCGCUGCAGAGGGGGCGGCGUCUCGGGGUAGCACCGGGAGCCAAAAGGUUGGAGGAAGGGAGGCGCAGAAAUUGCCUAUAAAAGGGCGGCCCGGGCUCUCCGAUCCUUGCACUCGCUGGAAAGCGGCUCCCAGCCAGGGGUCCUUUGCAAAGCCAGGGCGCGCUGCAGGGCGGAGAUAACCGAGCUCCGCGCAGAGCGAACGCCACCUCGGUCCGGGCAGAGGACCUAAGUGGGGUUCCGGCACGGAUAGUAGCGGUGCCCCGUAGCUCUCAGUCCCAGAGGUUCCCCCACCCGGGUGCAUCUGGACCCCGCAACAAUCACCCGGUCUGAGUCUGUUGCGCGGGAAGAGCAGAGACAGAAACUGCAGCGCGUCCUCCCGGGUGACAUCGGGAGCGCCCGGCUCCGCGGGGGCGUGCAGAGCACUCCAGCGAUUGUUAACUUUCGCCCAGCGGGCACGAGGCGAACAAUAGCCCCGGGCUCGGUACGCGGCGGCAGCGGCGCGCGGUGCAGCCCGGGACUCAGGCGCGGAGAGCGGAUCCCUCCGGGUAGCAAAGGCGCGCGCGGAGCGGCCACAUGAGGAUGGCGGAGGCGGCGUGGCGGGGUCGCAGCCCGCAGUCAGCGCCCACUAUGCUGCUGCUGCUGGCGGUGGUCCCCGUGUUAGCGCUGUGGGUCGUGCCCGGCGUGCGCGGGCGCCCCGCAGAGGAAGACGAGGAGCUGGUGCAGCCGACUCUGGAGCGCGUCCCCGAGCACCAGACCACGCGUCUCCUCCGCUUGGACGCCUUCAGCCAGCAGCUGAGGCUGGAGCUGCGGCCCGAUCGCGGUUUCCUGGCACCAGGCUUAACGCUCCGGACCGUGGGUCGCAGACCCGCGGGGGACGCCCCGAAUCCUGAUCCCGCCGGCGACCUCGCUCACUGCUUCUACUCCGGCACGGUGAAUGGCGACCCCAGCUCGGCCGCGGCGCUCAGCCUCUGCGAGGGCGUGCGCGGCGCCUUCUACUUGCAGGGUGACGAGUACUUCAUCCAGCCGGCGCCCAGCGCCGCCACCGUGCGCCUCUCCCCCGCCGGCACCGGGGAGGAGCCUCCAGAGCGGCCCCAGUUCCAUCUCCUGCGCCGGCGGCGGCGGGGCGGCGGAGCCAAGUGCGGAGUCGCGGACGAGGAGACCCAACCCGCGAGGGGCACGGGGCGCGAGGGCGAGGACAGCGGGGCUCAGUGGGCAUCGAGGGACCCGGCACCGGAGCGCACCGGAGCGCCAACAGGAAGUGGAAGCAUCAGAAAGAAGAGAUUUGUGUCCAGCCCCCGCUAUGUGGAAACCAUGCUAGUGGCAGAUGAGUCCAUGGCAGAAUUCCAUGGCAGUGGGCUGAAGCAUUACCUGCUCACCUUGUUCUCUGUGGCUGCCAGAUUGUACAAACACCCCAGCAUUCGGAAUUCAGUCAGCCUGGUAGUGGUGAAGAUACUGGUCAUCUAUGAAGACCAGAAGGGACCAGAGGUGACAUCAAACGCUGCCCUGACUCUUCGGAACUUCUGCAACUGGCAGAAGCAGCACAACCCCCCCAGCGAUCGGGAUGCCGAGCACUAUGACACAGCCAUCCUUUUUACCAGACAGGACCUGUGUGGGGCCCAGACGUGUGAUACUCUCGGAAUGGCUGAUGUCGGAACUGUAUGUGAUCCCAGCAGAAGCUGCUCAGUCAUAGAAGAUGAUGGCUUACAGGCUGCCUUCACCACAGCCCAUGAAUUAGGCCACGUGUUUAACAUGCCUCAUGAUGAUGCAAAGCAGUGUGCCGGGAUGAAUGGAGAGGGCAAGGAUUCCCACAUGAUGGCAUCAAUGCUCUCCAAUCUGGACCGCAGCCAGCCUUGGUCUCCCUGCAGCGCCUACAUGAUCACAUCAUUUCUGGAUAACGGUCAUGGAGAAUGUCUGCUGGAUAAACCCCAGAGUCCCAUAAAGCUCCCCUCUGGUCUCCCUGGGACCUUGUAUGAUGCCCACCGGCAGUGCCAAUUUACAUUUGGGGAGGAGUCCAGACACUGCCCGGAUGCCUCCAGCACAUGCACAACCCUCUGGUGUACAGGCACGUCGGGUGGGUUACCGGUAUGCCAAACCAAACACUUCCCAUGGGCAGACGGCACCAUGUGUGGAGAAGGGAAAUGGUGUGUCAACGGCAAGUGUGUGAACAAGACGGACAAGACGCAUUUUGAUACUCCUGUUCAUGGAAGCUGGGGACCAUGGGGACCCUGGGGAGAUUGUUCAAGAACGUGUGGCGGAGGAGUUCAGUAUACAGUAAGGGAAUGUGACAACCCAGUUCCAAAGAACGGAGGGAAGUACUGUGAAGGCAAGCGUGUACGCUACAGGUCCUGCAACAUUGAGGACUGCCCUAAUAAUAAUGGAAAAACCUUCAGAGAGGAACAGUGUGAAGAGCACAAUGAGUUCUCCAGAGCUUCCUUUGGAACUGGGCCAGCUGUGGAGUGGAUCCCCAAAUAUGCUGGUGUCUCUCCAAAGGACAGGUGCAAGCUCAUCUGUCAAGCCAAGGGCAUUGGCUACUUUUUCGUGUUGCAGCCCAAGGUGGUGGAUGGCACACCGUGCAGCCCAGAUUCCACUUCAGUCUGCGUGCAAGGACAGUGUGUAAAAGCUGGCUGUGAUCGCAUCAUAGACUCCAAGAAGAAGUUUGAUAAGUGUGGUAUCUGUGGAGGAAAUGGCUCAACAUGCAAGAAAAUCUCAGGAUCUCUUACAAGUGCAAAACCUGGCUAUCAUGACAUUGUCACCAUCCCAGCUGGAGCCACAAACAUUGAAGUGAAACAACGGAACCCAAGGGGGUCCAGAAACAACGGAAGCUUCCUUGCCAUCAAAGCUGCAGAUGGCACCUACAUCCUCAAUGGUGACUUCACCUUGUCCACCUUAGAGCAAGACAUUCCAUACAAAGGUACGGUGUUGAGGUACAGUGGUUCCUCAGCGGCCUUGGAAAGAAUCCGCAGUUUCAGCCCUCUCCAGGAGCCCUUAACCAUUCAGGUCCUCACCGUGGGCAACGCCUUUCGACCCAAAAUCAAAUACACCUACUUUGUGAAGAAGAAGAAGGAAUCUUUCAAUGCCAUCCCAACUUUCUCCGAAUGGGUCAUUGAAGAGUGGGGCGAGUGUUCCAAGUCUUGUGGUCUGGGUUGGCAGAGAAGACUGGUGGAGUGUCGGGACAUUAAUGGGCAGCCUGCCUCUGAGUGUGCCAAGGAAGUGAAGCCUGCCAGCACCCGGUCUUGCGCUGACCUGCCCUGUCCCCGCUGGCAGCUGGGGGAAUGGUCACCAUGUUCUAAGACAUGCGGGAAGGGUUACAAAAAGAGAACCUUGAAGUGUCUGUCCCAUGAUGGGGGGAUGCUGUCUCCAGAAAGCUGUGACCCUUUAAAGAAGCCUAAACAUUACAUCGAUUUCUGCACGAUGGCCGAAUGUAACUAAGCAGUAUUAAGGCUGAGGGAGAGGUGAAUGUGGAAGGGUUGAGGCACUCGAAAUCAAGAUGGCGGGAGGGAAGCAGUGAACCUUGCCCAGUAAUCAAAGAGAUGUGUCAGUUUGGGGAAAGCGUAGCCAUAGGUAGAAAACAAGUUAGGUCAUCAGAAUAUGAUGCUAGUUACAAAUGUGAUAGGGUAGUUAAUGAUGAUUAUUAAUCGCUGAGAAAUGAUAUAGCAUGAAAAGGCCCCUGGGCAUUAUUAUUCUUUUGUUACAUCUAUGGCAAGUCAAAAAACAAAAAAACCAAAAAAAAAACCAAAAAACAAAAAACCAAAAAAAAGCAAAAUGAAUAGAAUCCAUUUGUCAAAGUAAGUAAAUGUAUGUAAUCCUAUAGUCCCUGUCUCCUGGUACUGAUGAAAUACUUUGUAUCAUGGGAGCUGGCAAAGGAAAAGCAGGAGGAAGAUGAGAGUUUUCUUUGGUUUAAGAUGUGGUUUACUUUACCUCAGUAACAGUGGAGGGAGAGAGUAAACAUGGCAUCUUUGAUCAACACUGUUAAUGGUGGCUAUGGCUUCAGAGAGUGCUUAUGCCUUAAGAUUUCAUCAUUAUCCAGCCUGUGAGAAAGGCCUAGCAACAUCAAAUGACUCCCUCUUUGCCUUCUUCUUGUUCCAUUCUCGUCUCUUCAUUGGUGAAUCUGUUUCAACAAAGAGACAAGUCCAUGUGUUUGUAAAAUGCAUUUGAGUCGACAAAUGGAGGAAGAGCAGCCAUGUAUCAGACACUGCUGCAGCACAGAGGAAGCAUGAUGAACUUGCCCCUCUUACCUUUCUUUCCUCUUCCUGUAAACCCAGUUGAGAAAUGUGGGUGUUUAUAAAAAAUAAUUGAUGUCUCAAGAAAGUAAGAUCACACACACACACACACACACACACACACACACACACACACACACAGGAUUGGAAUGCUAGAACCAGAAUGGGGUGUGUAGAACAGGGUCCCUGGUCUGAGGGGACAUUGAGGUCAUUUGUCUCAAAGCGGGGAGGCUACUGAGGGGUAGCAGGUCCAUCCCCAGAAGCUGGUCCAACAGUCAUAUCCUGGUGAAUGUCUGUGCAGCUCUUCUCCCAUGACAGAGAAUAUGUCUUUGUUUUCCAUGUGUAUAUAGUAAAAUAUGUUACUAUGAAUUAUAUGUACUUUAUAAGUAUUGAUUCGUGUCUUCCUUCUAGGAAGGACUAUAGUUUGUAAUAAAUGCCUAUAAUAACAUAUUUAUUUUUAUACAUUUUCUUUCUAAUGAUAAAAACUUUUAAGUUAUAUCACUUUUGUAAGAGGGCAUAUAAAAUAGAGUAUUUAUACGAUAUAUAUUACUAGAAAUAAUAAAAGGACACUUUUUGGAUGUGUGUGUCUUUUUUUUUUUUAAGUGAGAAUUAAUUCCGAGGAAGAAGAUCUAAGGCAUAAAUGGUGAUUAUGAACUUUGGCUUUUUUUUUUGUAAAGUUCUUUAAAGUGAUCUUUUAUUCGAAAGAAAUGUAUUUUCUGUAUCCUUAGUGUAUGUCAUUGCUAUAAAGAAAAGAUUGUAGGGUAGCUUUAGUGAUAGAUUUGUCUAGAGUGGGGUAGUAGACUCCAGUAGUUAGCAAGCAUUUUCUGUAAAAAGACAAUGGCUCUUUGUGGGUUUUAUCUUCUCUGUCACCUUACUCAACUGUGCUAUUUAGCAAGAAAGCAGCCAUCAAGAAUUACAUGAUUUAAAGGCAUGGCCAUAUUCUAAUAAAACUUUACUUACAAAACAG